AUGGGAUUCCUGUCAGUCUCUUCCCACAGAGGACUUGUGCACUGGCAAGGGCCCCUGCUGGUUGUUUUACUCCUAACCUUCUGGAGUCCGCCCACCUCAGCCAAAAUCAGCGUUGAGUCGAACCACACUGAGAAAGGAAAAGAUGUGCUUCUGCGUAUGUUCAAUAAGCCUCCUGAGGUUCUAGGCAUCGUGUGGUACAAGGGGCACAUUUCGGACUCAAACAAUGUAAUUGCAUUUUUUAUGGUGGACCAAUUCGGUGAAUAUUUAAGUGGUCCUGGAGACCAUGGAUUAGGGGUGAUAACUGAUGAUGGAUCCUUGCUGUUGAAAAAUGCCACCACAAAUGAAACAGGAAUGUACACCGUAGUAGUCCAUCUUCCAAAAUCAGAAAUAUACAUAGGAUCUGCGCUGCUUUUUGUGUAUGAAUAUAAGAAAGGGCCCUUCCUCCAUGCCAGCAUGUAUUGGGCAACAGAGAAUAAAAAUGCUGUGGUUUUGACCUGCUACACAGACCUUCUCUCCAUCAAGUGGAUGUUCAAUGGCGUGGAUCUGAAGUUCACAAAAAGAAUAAAACUGUCUGGGGAUAGCAGAAGACUCACCAUAGACCCAGUCAUGAGGGAAGAUGCUGGGUUUUACAAGUGUGUAGCCAGUAAUGCCUUCAGGAGGGAUGAAAGUCGGUCCAUUGAACUGCAUGUGCUACAUGAGUGA